AUGUUAAUUGAUUAAAAUACUUGGCAUGGAUUUAUCAACCUUUUUGAUUAGCCCAAUAUGGAAAGCUGGUUAGGAUGGAUUAUUUAUAUUUUCUGUUUGAUUGCUGCAAUGAUUUUAGGUCAUUGGUUGUUGACAGUAAUUUUGCAAUUAUUUUAAAGUAAUUCAUUGUUCCAGAUUAUGAUAUACAUUCCAAAUUUACAAUCUUUUUAUUUUGUUUAACUUUUAGUCUUAGUACCAUGGCAUUAGGAAUGUUCAUUUUUGAGAUUUUCAAGAUAGGAUAAUCCUAAACCAGACCAAAAUUAUGGUCAUUCACUCUUAUAAGCGAUGUUUUAUUAUUGCUUUAUCUAUUGCCAAACUUAUCUUUUUAUUUCAUUUUUCAUCGUAUAGGAUUCGGCAAACUAUCAAUAUUAAGUAAACAUUACAUUUCUACUUUAAGUAAUUUGGUUAAGUGCUUUGACUAUUCUUAUAACAUUAUAUUUGUUUGA